GCGGACCCUACACGGGCAAAAUAUUGAUAAUAAAAUAAUUUUGAUCAAUAUAUUGAUGGUGUAAGGCUAUUUGGAAAUACUGAUUCUGUAAAAAUUAAAUAGGAUUGAUGUAUGUAUUGAAAUUGACUUGGUAAUAUUUUUAUUGACAAUAUUCUUGUCUCGUGUAGGAUCCGUUUAUGAGGAGCCUAAGCGUCACCGACAUUUGCUUUUGAUAAUUUCCAGGCGGUGAAAACAUGGGUCGUGCAAAAAAAGGUAACUCGUUUUAAAUUCAUCUAUAAAAAUGCAAUCAAAUCUUUUUCAUCUCUCUCUAGCAACAACCGAAGCCGUCAAAUCCAAGUGGCCAUCCAAAACAGGGCAAAGCGGAAGAUUCCGGAAGCCGAAGCCUCUGGAGGUCGAACCGACUUCGAAAAUUUUGAGAACGAGGCAAACUAACGGACAGCGCCAGUCAGCCAAACAAAUGAACGAGAAACAUCUUCAAUCGAUGCUAGCCGAAAAACUUAAACAACAAAGCAUAUGCUUGAGCAGCAGUGGACAUAUGAUGGUGACUAUUCCGGAAGACGUCUCGCUUUGCUCCAGCUGCCCUGGAACCUCAUGCGAUCCGCUGGAUCUCGGAACCACAUCGCCAGUUGUGAAUCCAGAACCCGAAAUAGCGAAUGAUGCGGAACGCUUCCCGGUUCCAAUUUCGAUAAAAGAAGAAACUUUGAACACAUUGAAUAGCGAUCGAGGAGAUGGUUCAGAUACUGAGACCGAAGGAAGCAUUGAAGAAGCCGAAAAUACAUGUGGUACAGAUUCAUCAUUUCCAGUACCAGCAGAGAACGACAAAUCUAGUUCUGCACAAGGCGAUAACGCAAAUGAAGCACAGUAUUGGAAGACACGAUACCAAAGUCAGGCGGCCAUGGUAAAACGAUUGUCAAAGCAACUACUUGAGCAUCGAGUUAAACUCGCGCAACUGAAAGACUUGGUAGCCUUCCAGAUGUCAGAGAUAAGGGAUCUAAAGAUGGGAAAACAAAGCAGUGCAUUUACCAUUGAAUCUGGAAUCGAUAUAACGAUUGAGCAAAUAGAGUCCAUCCACUUGGAAUCGAAAGCAACUGCUAUCUUUGCCCAGAAGUUAGCGAUGUUUUUUAUGGGGCAGAUGAACUACGCCGACGUCGAGUAACUUCAAAGGGUGGUGAUCCAACAAUGCUACCAAUAUCACCAAAGAAGUUAAAAUUCAUCCAUAACAAAGCGCGACAACGAGCUGCCAAAGUGGUAGGGGUUGAUGCCUACGAAACUAUUUUAUUGGAUGCAGAUAAAGCUACGCUUAAUAGAGCACUGGCAACUAAGAUCGCAAAUCUGCGCAAGGCAGUAGUAUAUGCGAAUCGCAAAUAUAAAACCGCGGUUUAAUUUUCUGGUAUUCCUUUCCCAAGGAUUUUAUCUAAAUAUUUUCUUAUAUUAAUU